ACCCCGACCCCGCGAGGCAGAGAGAGACGGAGAGAGAGGUGUGAUUGUGCGUAAUUUGGAACGAGGGGAGAAAAGCACAGAGUGAUCCUGAAACAGGAGUCGUAUCGCGCCCUGACUGGAUUUACACAGGGGGGGGAAAGUGAAAGUGCUGUCGGAGUGACUUCUGCUUCUACUUUGUUUUGCUCCUCUCUCCUUCUGCCUCUCUCUGUCUCCACUCCUCCGCCCUGCAUUCCGCGCUGCAGCUGUGCUUUAAUGCGCACCCGAGGAGGAGAGGAAGGAGAGAAGAGUGAGGAAGAAGAGACAGAAGGAGAAGAGGAGGAGGAGGAGGAAGGAGAAGAGGAGGUGAGAGGGCCUGGACACCACCCCUCCUCGCCCUCUGGAGGUCUGACCACUCUCCCCUCCUGGCCCUGCAUGGACGGGGAUGGGGAGAGCCGGAUGCUGUUGCCGCGGGGCUGAGCGCCUCGCCUCCCCGUCUCUGGUGCGCCGUUUCCGGCCACUGCUGCUGCUGAUCAUCGCUCUCUGCUGCGGUGCUCACAUAGGUCAGUGUCAAGUGGUCACCCCACAGUGUCGUAUCCAGAAGUGCACGACUGACUUUGUCUCCCUGACUACCCACCUGUCACCGGCUGUGGAUGGCUUUCACACUGAAUUUUGCAAGGCUCUACGCGCGUACUCCGCCUGCACCCAGAGGACAGCCAAGUCCUGCCGGGGCAAUCUGGUCUUUCACUCGGCCGUGUUGGGCAUCUCAGACCUCAUGACCCAGAGGAACUGCUCCAGAGAUGGACCCACGUCUUCCACACACCCCGAGGUCCAGCCUGAGCCCUGCAACUACCACAGUCGCACCCAGCACGCGCACACACAUGCGCACUCGCACGCGCAUGCACAUGCACACGCCCACAGCCACAGCCACAGCCACUCUCGGCCUGGGUACCUGUUCUGCGGGCUGUUUGGGGACCCACACCUGAGGACGUUUAAGGACAAUUUCCAGACUUGUAAGGUGGAAGGAGCCUGGCCUCUCAUUGAUAAUGACUAUCUGUCGGUGCAGGUCACUAACGUUCCUGUGGUGCCGGGCUCCAGUGCGACGGCAACCAAUAAGAUCACCAUCAUCUUCAAGCCCUAUGAGGGCUGCACAGACCAGAGGGUCUACCAGGCCGUCACCGACAACCUGCCCGCUGCGUUUGACGACGGCACCGUGAGCAGCGGCGACCCCAUCCACACUUUAUCCGACGUAGACGGCGCGACCAGGAGGAUGCGAGCUCUGUGGAUCUCUGAGCGCACGCCGGGGAACCACGUCGAGCUGCACGCCGGCUACAUCGGCGUGACCGUAAUUGUCCGCCAACUGGGACGCUACCUGACCCUGGCGGUGCGGAUCCCGGAGGAGCUGGCUCAGGCUUACGACGCCACCCAAGACCUGCAGCUGUGUCUGAACGGCUGCCCCAGCGGAGAACGCAUCGACCGAGCGGGGCAUCUUCCCCUGCCUCUCUCGCCUCCUGCUCUCGGCCUCCAGCUUCAGCAGCAGCGUCGGCCCAGCUUCUCUUCACAGACACAAGCGUACCCCUACGGCACUGCACAGGUUUUCAGUGUGGAAGGGGCGAAGCAACUCUGCAGGGAGAAGCUGGAGGUGCAGGACAUUUACUUCCUCUCCUGCGUGUUCGAUCUCUUGACCACCGGAGAUGCGAAUUUCACGGUGGCGGCGUACAGCGCCCAGAAGGACAUGGAGAGUCUCCACCCACACCAGGACAGGUGGAGGAUCUACCCCAGCGGUUCUGCCACCUCCAUUUUACACUCUGAUUUUCAGCCUGUCCACCGGUUCCCCCUCCUUCUACUGUGCGCUCUGAGUUUGGCGUUGAUGUGAGAGUGGGAGUGGAAAUCGUCUUGUGCGCCUGUGUGCGUGUGGGCUUGUGUAUGUCUGUGCACUAGCAACAAAAGUGUGUUUUUGGUUUGUUUUGUUUUUGCUGAGCACUGAUAUAGAGCACUGAUUCAUCAUGCAGAUACUAAACAGCAGGCAUGACAGGUUCCAGUUUUUGUGGUGGCAGAUACGAGUGACACUGACCACGUCUGACCUGCAACAAUCAGCCGCCUGGAGGCGACGACGUGAUGGAGACGCGACGGCGGCUCGCGCGUCCGUCUUCACCUUUCAAUAGGACACGAUGUGCAGUGACAUGAACACUGGGUGAAGUGUGUGUGUGUGGAUAAACACCACAAACUGUAAAUAUUUCAUUUUGUCUUCAGUGCACAGUGUAAUGGCGUAGAGUUGUUUUUUUUUGUUGUGCCAUUUGAUGUGAGUUUUCUUCAAUACCUCAGACAGAGGAUGUUUGUUUUAAUGGAAGCACUUUAUUUUGAUUUUUUUCUCCUUUUACAAAUCCACAUCAGUGUUUUCUCCCUUCACUCAAACGCUUUUGCAGACUCGCUUCACUUUUUGGGUUAGAAAAAAAAGUCAGCCGACUUACAGUUUUCUCAAAUGAAUCAUUCUUUCAGUGGCUGAUUUGACUCAGCGUCUCAAGUCAAUGUGAGUAUUUCUGUUGAAUGUAUUGUGUAAAAGCAAAUGCCAUCAUUACUCUUUUUUUUCUUGCUGUACAUAUGUGUUGUUUUUCCUCAGUCCUGAUUUCAACUGUGCGUGCGUGUGUGUGUGUGUUUUCGUUAAGCAGCUGGUGACAUACGUGCUUGAAUCUGUUUUAAUUUCACCUGAGAAUCACAUCAGAGGUAACGUUUUCUCUUUGCCAGGAGGCUGUGUGUCAGCACUGCUUCUUUGUUUGGAUAGCUUGUGUUAUAUCAUUUGAGCCAAAGAUGGAUGAUAGAUGGUUUUUUAUGUACAAAGGAAAUCACAACUCACCACCAGACCAGCACCCUCCUCCUCCUCCUCACAGUCUCCCACUCUCCCCUCUGUUUUUACACUUAACUACUGUAGACUAUUUUUCUCCUUAUUGAGGUAUGUGUACGAGACUGGAGUGAAGACAAAACACUGCAAA